AGUGUUAUUAUUUGUCUCUCCCCCUGUUCUCAGCACCACAUGGUCUCUCCCUCCCAGAAUCCUUCACUGUGUAACAACAUGGCGGUGCCCGGUCGGCUCGUAGGACAUCACAUCCACAGAAACAACUUCAGCUUUCUGCUCCAUCACUACCAGCAGCUCUGGACUCACAGGAGUUUUGGUUGGACUGCAGCACUGCGACAACAAGCUGCAGAAGCUAAUAAAGAAUCCACAGAUACUAUUGUCAUCCCCCGGAAGAAAACAUGGAGCAAAGAGGCAGUGCUGGAGGCUCUGGGAUCGACUGUCAGCAGGGAUCCUACAGCAUAUCCCCACCAGUUCCAGGAUGAUCCUUACCUCUCUCCCAGGACCUCCUCUGAGUUUAAGCUGUACUCUCUCUCUCAGGAGUCCGGCAAAUCGGCAGCCAAAUACUUUGUCAACAGCAAUCCCAAGUUCUUCACAAAAGACUUUGCUGAACCACAUAUACCAUGUCUGAUGCCGGAGACCGUGGCACUGCUUCUUGAGGAGGUGAGUGAGGAGGCACUGAAAGAACGAAUCAGCUUGAGGAAAGUUAAAGCUGCUGUUGACAUGUAUGAUCAACUACUGCAAGCUGGCACGGCAGUCUCUGUGGAAACCACCCAUGAAAUGUUGGACCUGAUCUGUCUCUACGGGGACAGAGACCCUGUUGAGGAGGGAGGACCACAGCCAGAGGACACGGAGGAGUCAGGAGAGGAGGUGAGGAGAAGGAAGUCGAGGUUCCGUCGGGCUUCAGACCUGCUGAGGACGACCUGGAGAGAAAACAACAACGCAGAGAGGAUCUUUAACCUGCUGCCAGAGAGAGACACACGGUGUUACUCUGCUCUGAUCAGAGGCAUGGUGAAGCAUGGCGCCUACGCUAAGGCCUUCAGCAUGUACACAGACAUGCUUAACAACAGAAUGAACGCCGACAUCCACAUCUUCAACGCUCUGAUAACAGCAGCUCCAGAUGUCAGAGAUAAAUACAACGAGAGAUGGGACCUCCUCACUGAGCUGUUGAACCAGAUGCGUCAACAGAAAGUUCAGCCUGACCUGCUCACCUUCAACAGUAUUCUCAAAGCUCUGAGACGCUGCGGCUCUUUGGCUAAAACACAAGCUCUAUACACUCUGAGUGAGAUGAAGGCCUUGGGUAUAGCUCCCAGCCUGGCCUCCUUCUACCACAUCCUGGCAGUCUUUACCAAAGCAGCCGCCUCUGGCCAGGGCAGCACUGACAUUUUACAGGAAAUGAUAUCAGAGCUGGCGGGAACCAGCUUCACCUGCCAGGACCCCGAUGAUGUUCUAUUCUUCUCGAGCGCAAUGAGAGUAUGUCUGGAUAAUAAAGAUCUGGAGCUUUGUUAUAAGGUCCACAGUCUAGUAGAACAUGGGGAGAACUGGAGGCUUCUGGGAGAUUCCUACCAACAGACGUUUUACUAUGGUCGCUUCUUCAACCUGCUGUGCUUGAUGGAGCACAUUGACGAGGUGCUGAAGUGGUACAGGCGCCUCAUUCCCUCGGUGUACUACCCGAACCCUCAGGGACUGAGGGACCUGCUGCAGGCUCUGGACACAGACAGUCGUCUGGACUUGCUGCCCACUAUAUGGAAAGAUAUCCGGACUCUGGGUCAUGAUAAUAAGUCUGAUCUGGUGGAGGAGCUGCUCACCCUGAUGGCCAGAGACACACACAGUCCUGAGGUUCAGGAGUCUUUUGCAGCAUGUGCUCUGGAUGUGAAGAGUGUGUUUGAUGGAGACAGAGGGAGGCCCCCUCUGGAGUGGAGCACCCCCUCCCUCUCACACAUCACCUCCCUGCUGCUGCGAGCCAACAAGACCCAACAGGCCUGGGAGACGCUGCAGCUCUUCAAAUCCAGGAACAGAGUCCCUGAUGAGGCGCUGUUAGAGGACUUCCUGUCUGCGUGUCGCAGCGACGGCUCUCCAGAAAGAGCAGUGGAGCUGGUUCAGCUGUCUGCUGCCUUCUGUCUGUCUGCGACGCCAAGACUGGCAACGCGAACACUGGCUGAGUUUGAUGUGACCGAGGAACAAAGGGCUGUAUUAUCUGAGCUGGAGUCUACAGGAGAGCCCCGUGACUGAAGGAGACAAUAGUGGGUGAACCACUAUGAUGCCGAUCCAUCCAUACAAAAAUCAUAAAGUGUACCUGUUUCGUUAUAAUAAACUAAUGUAUGUCACGUAAAUCAAAUCGAAA